AGGUGGAUGAUUCUACAGGUGGGCGGGGUGCAAAAGACGCUUGAACACAAUUGGCCCUGGUCGGACAUGUAUAUGGCAUGCACGCGUAACGCGUAGGUUCGUCCUUCCACGCCCAGAAGACCAGGUCCACCAUCAAGAACACGACACGUAUCCGGAAGUAGGUCGGCUUGACUACUAAACUUUUCAGUUUACAUACAGCGUACUACGAUUGUACCACAGCCCUACCAUGUACAUGAACGCUGUGUUGUUCUUGCUCGUGGCCUGUGCCCACGCCACGUUGGGAACUGAAAAGUGUUCUACAAGUGCGACUAGCACGACGCCAGGCUGCAUUUGUCUCCAAGAGGUGGUGGGCGGGUUGAAGAACCCACUGGCCAUGUUGCAGCCAGACGACGGAACGAAGAGGUUCUUCAUAGUCGAGCAGAUCGGGCUGAUUCGCGUGACCGACUCGAGCGGGCGGCUUCUGAACGAGCCUUUCCUGAACAUCACGUCCAAAGUGCUGACGUCUGACGCCUUCGGGGACGAGCGAGGCUUGCUCGGCGCGGUUCUGGACCCACAGUUCAAACAGAACGGGCGGUUCUAUGUGUACUACAGCUCCCGGCAAGGAGCGGGCAAUGUCGGGGGCGGGCACAGAUCCGUACUGGCGAGACUGCAGGUUUCGAGUGACAAGAACCAGGCCGACGCGAGUUCUGAGCGUGUGUUGCUGGAGAUCGCGCAGCCGGGAGAUCGGAACAACGGCGGGCAGCUGCUGUUCGGGGCGGACGGGUACCUGUACGUCAGUGUGGGGGACGGGGGAGCAGGCCCGCACACCGCAGGGAACACGUCUUCGCUCCUUGGGAAGAUUCUGCGCAUCAACGUGACCGGGGCAGACUCAUCAGGCCUGCCGUACAGCAUACCUCCUGACAACCCGUUUGUCGGACAGGCACGGCCGGAGGUGUUCGCGUAUGGCUUCAAGAACCCGUGGAGAUGUUCAGUUGACAAAGGAGACAAGCAAGGUGUGGGCCGCGGCCGUGUGUUCUGUGGGGAUGUGGGGAACUCCAGCUACGAGGAGAUCAGCAUCGUCAGGAAGGGCGGGAACCACGGCUGGCCGGACAGGGAGGGACACACGUGUCAGGACCCCAGCGGCUGUGACGACGAUCACGUCCCACCCAUCCAUGUGUACUCCCAUGAUGAGGGAAUAGCAGUGAUUGGAGGUCCUGUGUACCGGGGGUGUGGCAUACCCAGCCUCACGGGGAAGUACCUGUACGCUGACUUCACUGGCCAUGGAAAGUUGUUUUAUCUGAGAGAACUAUCAAACCGUUCGUGGACGAACGCAGCCCUGUGUGUUGGUGACAACAGUGUGUGCAAGACCAGCCAGCAGCAGGCCUGGGGACCUGGGAACUUCAUCCUCGGGUUUGGACUGGAUGUGUCAGGUGAGGCCUACCUGUUGACCAUGAACCCAUCAGUAUCUGCUGGGAAGGUGUUUAAGAUCGUGGACCCCAACUCUCCCGUCAGUGCUGCACCUGUGCUACAGAUGUCUGUCUUACUGCUGCUCACCAUGCUUCUUAUCAUGAAGAAUUUCAUCUAGGAAGGAAAAAGUUACCAGAAUGCUCAGUUUAGGUUUACUGGUAACAUUAUAGCAAGGACAUUAUACAGCUGUAUAAUGUCCUUGGUUAUAGCAAGGAAUGUGUUCUAAACUACAUGCACUGAGCUAAGAUAGAUAAUUUUGAUAGUUGCUACAGGAGCUUUGAAAAAGCAAAAGCAAUACAUGUAUUUGGAUGUUGAAUAUAUUGACUAGUA